AUGCCGGCAGGGGGCUGGCUUUGGCGGGCGGGGCGCAGUGGCACCAGCAAGUGGUCCUGCAGCUGCUGGGCCGCGGACAAUUUUGCGACGCGGAGGCACUGCCGUGGCUGCGGGCCCGAGGCGCCGCGGCACCAGGUCACCUUCAAGCAGGCGCUGCUGGGCCCGACCAAGCGGGAGGCCGCCAUGCAGAAGAAGCUGGACGCCAUGCGCGAGGAGUUCAGGGCGCUCAAGGGUGGCAACCAGGAGAAGCCCGCGAACGAGGAGCCGCAGGUCGACUUGGCGCGUUUCUUCAAGUGGGCUCAGUCGUGCAAGCAGGAGCGGGGCGAAGACUCUGAAGAGUGCCAGGUGGCCCUCGAGAAGUACCAGACCGCGCAGGCGGAGAAGGACAGCACGAAGCCGCAUGCGGCGCAGCUCUCGCAGGCGCGCUACGCCAGGGAGAAGUUCGAGAAGGAGACCGAGCCCUUGGCCACCGACGUCAGCUGGCACGAGAGGCAGCUGGGGGAGGCCAAAGCCAGGCUCGAGAAGAAGCAGGAGCAGCUUCAUAUCGCCAGGGCCAAGGAGCAGGAGCUCAAGGAGCAGGACUCCGGGGUCAGGGAGUCACCCGCCUUCCCCACUGCCAUGCAAAACCAGUUCGAGGGCACGGUCGACGGCAGCGGCAUUAGCGAGCAGGAGCACGAGCAGGUCUUCACGUUGCUGGGCAAGGUCCUGGCCGAUGCAAAUCAGGAGGACAUGGACAUGGAUGAACAGCAACUCAAGAUGAUGGACCAAAGCUUACUGCUGAAGAACAGGAAUGGCUCAAAGCAGGGGGAGUACCAGCUGAAGCUACACCAGAACAGCGGAUGCGAUGGUUGGAGGUGUGCGCCAGCCUGGUUGAGCACGCAGCCAAGAAGCAGAAACGUUCCUGACAAGCGCGUCAAGAAGCCCGAGCACGACACGGCCACGCCGUGGACGUAUAGUGGCUCGGGCUGGGGCACGAUCAAGGACAAUAGCAUGGAGGACACGCAGGGGCUGCAGUGCCACGCAGUGCAGGGGCACCACCUGGCCACGGACAAGCUUGCAGUGGUCACGCAGAGCAUGCAGGUUCAGGGGCACCACAUGGGUGGCGCUGGGGCGGCGGCCGCGACGGGGCCCAACGGAGAGGCAGGCGCGUCGGCGGGGGCGGCGCUUGCGGUGCCGAGGAGAGUGGGCAUGGCCCACUUGUGCGGCGAGGACGACUGGGACAUCUCGCCGAAAGCUGGCCCAGGUAGGGCUGCGGCGGCGUGGCUGUCGAUCGGGAAGGGCGCGGUGCUCGCCACCGUGUACUUGUGGACGGCGGAAGGCAUGACGUGCAGGAAGACACAGCUCAUCGCGCGCGGGAUUGAGAAGCUGCAGAGCCUGGGGGUGCCGUGGAUCAUUGGGGGUGACUUCCAGGUGGCGCCUGAGGAGAUGGCGGAGGUCGAGAGCGCGAAGGUAGCCGAGGCUACGGUGGUGGCGCCCAACGCGGCCUGCGGAACCUGCAGGCAUGCCGAUAUGGGAAUGCGCGCGCGGGAGUUCAAGACGCAGGGGCAGGCUAAUAAGGCGUGGACCAAGUAUAUGCGGGUGCUGGAGCAGGAGGCUUUCCAGGUCAGAGGUAUGCAGCGGGCGGAAGACGUCCCGCGCGCGGGGCGAGCAGAGGAGCCGAAGUGGAGGAUCAAGCCGCUCAACGUCGGCGGCGAGAACGGUCCCGCGGUCAGGCCCAGGCGCGCGAAUUACAUCGGCUUUGAGAGGCAGGGUAUCUGGCAGGCGCGGCGCGACAUGAUAGCAGCUGGGCAGCUGCGAGGAGGGAGUAAGGGGGCGAGUUUCCAGAGCUGGGUGCAGGAGGCGGAGUGCAAGAUGAAGGAGCUCGAAGGUUUCAAUGAGGAGGAUGCCAACGGGCUGAAGGAGGUGGCGCGCACCUUCAGGAGACGCACGGGGAUUGGAGUGGAUCGAUGGCGGCCUUCCAUGCUGCAGGGCGCGUGCGACGAUGCCUACAGCAGACUGCUGGACAUCCUCAGGGUGGUGGAGUGUACGUUGAUCUGGCCGGCCCACAUGGCCACGGUCCUCUUCUUCACCAUCCCGAAGACCUUCACCGCCGACAGGGUGACUGGGUCGCUGCCGACCACCAUCCGCGCGCGGGAAAUCACGAGGGAGCCGUGCAUGAUCACGUGGGCGAGGGAGAACCAGAGGAGCCGGGACUGCACUAGCCGCGGAAAGGUAGCAGAGGACGCGGCGUGGGAUGUGCUACUCAGCCACGAGAUGGACGAUCCCGACGACGAGAGUGAGAAGCUGGAGGCCACGAUCACCCCAGUGCUGGACUUGGUCAAGGCCUUCGACAAGAUGAGUUUGCACGUGUUGUGGGAGGCGGGCAAGCGGCUGAACUUCAACGCGGGAGCGCUAGCGACCAGCACGGUGGCCGUGAUCAUAGCUGGCAGCAAGUUCUCGGCGUGCUUCUUGAAGACGGUCAUCCAGUCGACGGUUGACGGCUUGGUGGUGGAGAGGUUGCGCGCAAAGUGGCGGAUGCAUGUGGAUGUGUGCGUCUUCGACAGCAGCAGCAGUGCAUCGUGCGGGAGUUCGGCGACACCAUCGACGCGUGCUUCGCAGGUUUCAACAUUCAACAAGCUGGGCCUCAAGUUCUCGGCGGGUAGCCAAGGCGAAGGAGCGGCGCUGGCGAGCGCGAGGUGGCUGCGCAGGACGGUGGCGAAGGACACGGUGCGCAGAGGGCUACCAUUAGGGAGAGCCUGCCCGUGCCUCGGCGUGGACCUCAUCGCGCCCGGCACGGCGGCGAAGGCGAUGAGUGGGAAGCGGCAUAAGGGCGCGUUGAGCAGGAGCAGGAGGCUGGCGAACUUGAAUGGCGGAGGGCGCAAAAUGGCGAGAGUGACUGCACUGUGCCUUGGGGUGUCAGAUCAUCAGCUUCGGCAGCGCAGUUGCGACGCGAAGCAUGACGAGCACUACCUGGGGGGCGGCGAGCCAAGAGCCUGA